CGCCGUAGCUCAGCGGCAGGCGCGGCCGCCGGAACCGGCUGAGCGGCCUGGGCGCGGCGCGGGGAGCUCGCCUGCAGCAGCUGCCUCAGCAUGGAGAGCCCUGCCGGAGUGGCGGCCACCCCCAGGGCGCUGCCUUACUACGUGGCUUUCUCCCAGCUGCUGGGCCUGACUGCGGUGGCCACGACUGGAGCCUGGCUCGGUCUGUACAGGGGUGGCAUCGCCUGGGAGGGUGACCUGCAGUUUAAUGUGCAUCCCCUCUGCAUGGUCAUAGGCCUGAUCUUCCUACAGGGAGCCGCCCUGCUGGUUUACCGCGUCUUCAGGAAUGAGACCAAACGCACAACCAAAGUCCUGCACGGACUGCUGCACGUCUUCGCGUUCAUCAUCGCCCUGGUGGGCCUGGUGGCGGUGUUCGACUACCACAGGGGGAAGGGCUACGCUGACCUGUACAGCCUGCACAGCUGGUGUGGCAUCCUCACGUUUGUUCUCUACUUUGUGCAGUGGCUUGUGGGCUUUAGCUUCUUCCUGUUCCCUGGAGCUUCGUUUUCUCUGCGGAGCCGCUACCGCCCGCAGCACAUCUUCUUUGGCGCCACCAUCUUCCUCCUCGCUGUGGGCACAGCCCUGCUGGGCCUGAAGGAGGCGCUGCUGUUUAAACUUGGGGCCAAGUACAGCACGUUUGAGCCUGAGGGCGUCCUGGGCAACAUGCUGGGCUUGCUGCUGGCCGGCUUUGGCGUGACUGUGCUCUACAUCUUGACCCGCACGGACUGGAGGCGGCCACCCCAGGCCGAGGAACAAGCUCUCUCCAUGGACUUCAAGACGCUGACCGAGGGCGACAGCCCCGGCUCCCAGUGACGGCCUGCCCUUGUCCACGGGGAGGGCCUGGCUGUCCCGGGGGGUUCUGCCAGGCGUCUGUGGCGCGCCCUGCCGAGGCCGUCUUCGGGAUCGGCGGCUCCUGGGGAGGGCUUGGCGGUGUGGGUAGGGACCGUGGGGGCAGCAUUCCCCUUGGAGUGCUGGUUCCUGGGGUUCAGGGCUUGGCCGCCUCUGCUUUCUUCUCCUCGCUGCUGCUUUAGAGUCUUGUUAGUCACGCACAGAUCCCUGCCCCUGUUGUCACUGUCACCCCCUCAAAUCAAGAAGCUUCGGGUAGGAUUUCGGGUGGUCAGUCCUGGUCACAAAGGCACAGAUCCCUAAAGGAGAUGCAGAGUGGCUCUCCCCUUGAGACAGCGGAUGCUGGGCCGAGUCCAGUGGCUGCAAAGAGCACAAAGCUGUGGGAGAAACUGGGGCUUAGUGACAGGCCUGGCAAGGCCAAGACUUGCUUUGUGUAACACUGAAUUCAAACCAGGAGUCUCGCUAGUCUGAAUAACACGGUGGUGUGAAUGGGCCCAGUCUUUGGCAGCGGAGCAAGUGAUAUUAUGUGUAAACUAUGUUGGUGUUCGGAGCAGGGUUCCCCAGGAGAGGGGAGGGACCGGCCCCUGGGAAGCUCUGGAGAAGUGGCUUCGGCCCAGCUGCGCUCUUGGCCUCCCCUUUCUUCGGUCCUCAGCCCCAAGACGCUGUGCUGGGAGAGGGAGAGAGCGCAGGACCGAGACAAACUGUACUUGGCGGCCGACAGAAGAGGAAGCCCCCCCCCCCCCCCCCGUUGGCGGGCUGGCCACUCCCUGCAGGGGCCCCCGGUGUCCCUGCCUUCACAGGCUGGCUUAGGUGCUGCUCUGGCUCUGACCUGAGGCCGAGGGCACAAAUCUUUUUUUUUUUUCUUUUAAAACAAAAAACUGCCCUGUUGACCUCUUCCCCCUUCAGCGGGGAAGGCUGGGCCACCUGCUUCUGUCCAGGAGGAAAGCCUCAUCCCCUUACCUGGGCCUGUCUUUGCAGGAGGUUGGGAUGGAGUUGGAAUCCGGUUAAUCCCCCCCAGCUGCAUAAGUGUGUUAUGCUGCCGCCUGAGUCACUCUUUGGCUUCAGUCUGGCAGUAACGUGAUUAGAGCAUUGACCUUGUGUUUCCUGGACUUGGCGAAUGCUCUCUUCUUGUUUUCCUCAUUUUCUGGGCUUUGAGGAACAUGACACAGUUUGAAACAGACACAGCUUACUUCAGUGAAGAAAUGAAUGAGAUUUCUAAACUGACUAUUGUUCCAAAGACGGUUGCCUUCUUCUCUCCGAACCGCUGCCUUAGAGAAAGGCGCUGGCCUCCUCUGAUGCUCAGAUUUCUCAUGCUCAACUUUGCCACGGGCCCUGCCUCUGGCGACGCAAGUUCUCCAAGCAGGUGCCUGCGGGUCUGGCGCCCUCCCAUCAGGGCUGCCCAGCAACCCCCCCCCCCCCCCACCGCCAGCCUCUCCCCACAUCCCCACCUCCACUGCAGCUUGUCAGGGGCGGGGUGCGGUGUUCGCCUGCCUACACCGCAUGGCUCUACCAGGUCUACCAGGCAGGGGCUCCGUCGGUUCUUUCAUCACCUGGCUGGUAUUUACAUGUGGAGAAACUCCCGCUUGGACAAACUACCAAAGUACAACUGUGUGUAUCUCUCCCGCCAGAACGCCACCCAGAGAAACAGAACCUUAGUUCUGUUAAAAUCUGUAAACUGGUCUGUCUGCCAAAGUGUAUGUUGGAUGAUUAAGGAGACCCCCCCCGAAAGCUGAUCCGUUGUGGUUUAUUUACCUUUGCCUGUGGCCAGUCGUCUGUGAAGUACAAUGCAGUGUUGGUGCAACCGAUGAUUCAAUAAACGUCUACAGCAGA